GCCGCUGUUCAUCUCAGAGAUAGCUCAGAAUUCCACAAAAACAAAUCUGUGUCCUUCCUACUCCCUAGCGAUUCAGUUGCCUGAGUCGCCGAAAUACCUAAGUCAUCAUGCCUUUAGCUCCGGAGGGCCAUUCCUCUGAUCAGAUCACACAAUGCGAGGACGCAAUUUGUCGUUCCCCACCAGAGAAGCCUACCUAUCCUGUUAACUCGACUGUGGGCUAUCUGUCCGGACCGAGGCUAUUGGCGAUUCUCACAGGCGUCACGUUGGCAGCGUUUAUCAUGCUUCUUGACAUGACAAUCAUCGUGACGGCGAUCCCACGCAUCACCGACGACUUCAAUUCGCUCCCAGAUCUGGGAUGGUACGGCAGUGCAUACACAGUUUCCAGUGCUGCACUGCAGCCCAUGACCGGGAAGCUGUACUCCCACCUCGGAAUUAAGUGGACUUUUCUUGCCUUCAUUGCCGUGUUCGAGGUCGGCUCGCUGGUGUGUGGGCUUGCAAGCUCGUCGCCAGUGUUCAUAGUCGGACGUGCCAUUGCAGGCUUAGGGUCAUCGGGGAUAAUGAAUGGCGCCUUGACCAUCGUCGCGGCAUCAGUUCCUCUAACCAGGAGGCCAGCCGUGACCGGCAUAGUUUUGGGGAUUGCAUACAUGGGCAGCGUGGCUGGACCGCUCAUAGGUGGCGCCCUAACAGAAUACUCUACCUGGCGCUGGUGUUUCUACAUUAAUUUGCCCAUAGGUGGCGUGACCUGCGCGGCGCUGCUCUUCACCGCAAUACCUGACCAUGGCCAAAAGGUCUCUCACGCGGGACACCUCUUGUCGCACUUGGAUCUACCUGGUUUUUUUCUUUUCGCCCCUGCGGUCGCUAUGAUACUCCUCGGACUCCAGUACGGUGGAAAUCGAUAUGCCUGGAGCAGUCCCAGGGUGAUCGGCCUUUUAUGUGGUGGUCUGGCCACUGGGAUUGUGUUCGCGGCGUGGGAAGGUUGGAGAAAGGAGAAGGCAAUGAUGCCUCUCUCGCUUCUCUCCAAGCGCGCUGUCUGGAGCAGUGUUCUCGUGGGCGGCUUUAUGACGUCCACCUUGCUUGUUCACUCCUACUACUUGCCAAUAUAUUUCCAAGCAGUCAAGGGCGCGUCACCCACUAUGAGUGGCGUAUAUCUACUACCAAGCAUACUCAGCCAGCUGCUUAGUUCUGCCUUUUUUGGAGCCAUCGUGGGAAAGCUCGGAUACUGCAUUCCAGCUGUUCUACUAAGCGGAGUCAUGGUUGCCAUUGGCGGAGGACUUUUGUCUCUAUUGACUGUCUCAACGCCAACAGCCAAAUGGAUUGGGUACCAAGUUCUUCUUGGGUUUGGUCGAGGCGUGGGUAUACAGAUGCCCUUCAUCGCCGUGCAAGCGGUCCUCGGGUCUCAUCUUGUCCCCGAGAGUAUGUCUUUGAUCGUCUUUGCGCAGACAUUUGGAGGCUCAAUCUUUUUAACUGUGGCGAACGUCAUUUUCAACAACCAGCUUAGGACGCUGUUGGAGCAAAAUGUGCCAGGCGUGCCAGCCGAUCGAGUUAUCGGAGCCGGAGCCACAGCAUUUCGGUCUGUUGUGCCCGAGCAAGACCUUGAAAGUGUGCUGCGUGUUUACUCCCGCGCCUUGAGCGCAGUUUUCUAUUUAUCUGCGGCCCUCGCAUGCGUGUAUUUGGGGCUGUCAUGGGGCAUGGGGUGGACGGAUAUCAGGAAAAAAGGCGUGGCCGAGGAGCAAGCCGACAUGGACAAAGGGAGUUAGUGCAACGGAAGGAAAGUCUUGUGGAGGGUACAAGAAAGUUCAAGACGAGACGUGCAGAUACAAAGUUACCUAGCGACAUGUACAUUCGAUCUGCUCCCAGGUGCCAGUUAC